AGAAGAUGUUGGUCCCGGGGCACUGGGAUGGGCUGAGGUUGACCAUGCCCAGCCUGAUGUUGCUGUUCAUAGCAGCUCUGCUCUCCAGCUGGGCCCAGCUCCUAACAGAUGCCAGCUCCUGGUGGUCGCUAGCUCUGAACCCGGUGCAGAGACCUGAGAUGUUCAUCAUUGGUGCUCAGCCUGUGUGCAGCCAGCUUCCCGGGCUUUCCCCAGGCCAGAGAAAGCUGUGUCAGUUGUAUCAGGAGCACAUGUCCUACAUCGGGGAGGGAGCCAAGACGGGCAUCAGGGAGUGCCAGCACCAGUUCCGGCAGAGGCGGUGGAACUGCAGCACUGUGGACAACACGUCUGUCUUUGGCAGAGUCAUGCAGAUAGGUAGCCGGGAGACUGCCUUCACCUAUGCAGUGAGUGCUGCAGGCGUGGUGAAUGCCAUCAGCCGUGCUUGCCGAGAGGGUGAGCUGUCCACCUGUGGCUGCAGCCGGACUGCGAGGCCCAAGGACCUGCCACGAGACUGGCUGUGGGGUGGCUGUGGGGACAAUGUGGAGUACGGCUACCGCUUUGCCAAAGAGUUUGUAGAUGCCCGAGAGCGUGAGAAGAACUUUGCCAAGGGAUCAGAGGAGCAGGGCCGAGCCCUCAUGAACCUACAGAACAACGAGGCUGGCCGCCGGGCUGUGUAUAAGAUGGCUGACGUCGCCUGCAAAUGCCACGGCGUCUCAGGGUCCUGCAGCCUCAAGACCUGCUGGCUCCAGCUGGCUGAGUUCCGCAAGGUGGGGGACCGGCUGAAGGAGAAGUAUGAUAGUGCCGCGGCCAUGCGCGUCACCCGCCAGGGCAAGCUGGAGCUGGCCAACAGCCGCUUCAACCAGCCCACCCCGGAGGACCUGGUCUACGUGGACCCCAGCCCUGACUACUGCCUGCGCAAUGAGACCACAGGCUCGCUGGGCACCCAGGGCCGCCUCUGCAACAAGACCUCAGAGGGCAUGGAUGGCUGUGAGCUCAUGUGCUGUGGCCGCGGCUAUGACCGCUUCAAGAGCGUCCAGGUGGAGCGUUGCCACUGCAGGUUCCACUGGUGUUGCUUUGUCAGGUGCAAAAAAUGCACUGAGAUCGUGGACCAGUAUGUCUGUAAAUGA